AUGCAUGAAGGAAGGUUUACAUACGAAGAGAAAGAGAGUCAAAAGCCAGAUUCACAGAUCAGCACAACAGUCCUAAAUGCAUUAAUAUACGAAUAUUUAAUAAAGAAUAGUUAUACAGGAUCAGCAAAGGUCUUUAAAGUAGAGGGAGAUAUCAGUAACAUAAACAUAACACAAGGAUCAAGUGCCUUAUUAGACUGGUUUAUUGCAUUUAAUGACUUAUACAAUGUAAGGAGUGGCAGAAGUAAACCAUCUGGGAUUACAGGUAAGAUAGACACAAUUUUAGGCAAAGUACAUAAAGAAGAAAGAAAAAGGCAGCAAGUACACUCUACGCAUACAAUACAUAACAAACCAGAUAUAGAAAUACCCAGUAACAGACCAGUUAGUAAUAAUAUACUAAACACACACAGUACAAUUGGUAGUACACACAGUACAAUUGGCAGUACACACAGUACAAUUGGUAAUAAUAGUAAUAGAUGGUAUAAGGAUGGUGAUAUACUUAAUAGUAUACUAGAAAUAGAUGACACUCAGUAUAAUAGAACUGAUCAGAGACAUACUUUAAAUAUAAAGGAGAUAGCCAAUCUUAGACUACAUACACAGAAAAUAAACAGUAUGAGCGUAUGUCAUAGACAUAAAAUAUUAGUAACAGGAGGAAUGGAUGCAUCAAUUUGUGUAGUAGAUUUAGUUAAUUUAAAUGACGUAAUAAGGUUUGAGUCACACUCCAUGCAAAUAUCUCAAGUAAAAAUAAGAGAGUCAUCUGGGAAUGAUCCUUUAUACUUUGGUAGUGCAUCAUUAGACAGAGAAGCAAAAGUCUAUAAAAUAUCCAGGGAUAAUGGCAAGUUGACUAUUUCAUUAUUCCUGUCAUUAAAGGGGCACAAGUCCUCUGUUAAGUCCAUUGACUUCUCUAAUAAUAAAAUAUACACAAUGGGAAUAGAUGGUGAAUUACGUAUAUGGGGUAUGGAUGGUAUAUGUAUUAGUGCAUUUAUUCUUAGAAGGACAAUUAAGCUUAUGAUAUCCAGGGAUAAUAUUAUUGCUGUGUGUGAUAUUAAUUCUAUUUCACUGUUUAACCCAGAUACAUCUUCAUACAUUAAGGAUAUAAGCAGUAAAGGUAUUAUUACAGCGUAUAAGACACAUAAUAAUAAUAUAUUUAUACUAUCAGAUAGUAUAAUAAUAUAUGAUAAAGCAUUCUAUUCACAGAGUAUAAUACCAUUCUCAUGUGACAAGAUACAGUCUGUGUGUACUGUGCCUGGCCGGUUAUUCUUAGGUGGGUAUAAUAUGAUAUAUGAAGUACAGGAUAAGAAUGUGUACACUAGGGCGUAUGAUGGUAUGAUUAGUGCGAUGGAAGGUACUGUUAUAGGGAAUAGAUCAGUAUUAUUAACAGGUGGCCAGAAUGGGGAGGUACGUGUAUGGGAAGUACCUGAUAGGCAGGAUAAGUAAGGGUG